ACAUCAUUUUUAGUACUGCUUAUCUAACACAGCAAGUUUACAGCGAAAACAAGUGAUAAUUGACACAGAUAAACUAUGAAAUCUCAGUUACAGUUUACAAAAACCUACACUAGAAGUGCAGAAUCUGUCCACGUGCAUAAAUACAUGUUCUGAGAAAUUUUGUAGAAAUUAUUGUCUAGAAAUGUUGAUUCGAGACUAUGGAGUCGGUGGAAAUUCUUCGAGUUAUUUUUCCAUUCUGAAAAAUUUUCCUUUAUUACGAUAGAUUCUGUAUCUCUAAACCACACCUUAAAACUUCAAAUCUCUUUCGAAAUAGGCGAAAAACAAAGUCAUCUAUUAGGCGUUGACAACCAGUUUUUAGCACUACGGUAUACCAGUUAAAUAAUGAACCUUCAAAAUUCUUAUUUUUUAGAUUCAGACAGGAGUGUCUCAAGAUCGCUAAGAUUGGAGUGGAGCGAUCGAUGACUCAAGAGAUCGAUUGGAAAAUUUUUGCUACAGUUGACCGAAUUUGGGAAUGGGGAGGAUGAACUUUUUUUUUAGGAACUAGUGAGCAUAGAUGCUGGAAAAAAAACGAAAAUUUUUCAAGAUUCAGAAGGAGGUAACUCCCGUCGCUCGAGACAUCUCUGGAUUUUAGAUAUUAAAAAAGAAAUCUUAUUAUUAAUUAAAUUUGCUAUCUAUAAAACUUAAACAUAUUAAUAUUUUUCAUAUCUCAAUUCCAAAUUGAAACUAGCAAAUGCUUUUAUGAUUUAACUAAUUUUUCAGAUAAACAAUAUAUAGAUUGAACUUCACUAUAAUAGCCUUCGUCUUUUCCCAACUAUAUCAUUAUUCCAAUAGAAAUUUUAUAUGAUUAUAUACACUUUAUACAAAUAUAGACGAAUCUCUCUUAAUAUAAGUAACUAUCUUAGUAAAAUAUACUUCUCAUAAAGACAUUAAAAGUAGUCUAUUGAAUGAAGAAAACAAAAAAUUUUCUCAAUAUUAUAGAUCGCUCGACCACCAUUUGUACGACAACUUUUUCGACCAACAACUAUUCGACCUGUUCCACCAAAAUUAGUGACACUUGAAAAUUCAGUAAAUCAAAUUGAUCCAAUUACUACUCAAAGAAAAACACCUAUCAGAAUAUCACCGUCAAUUGAAUCAUUAUCAUCAUCAUCGUCAUCAUCUCUUCCAACAUUAUCAACAAUUAAUUCUAAUCAUGAAGAAAUUCAAGAAAAAAAAUCAUGUUGUGAUUGUUUUCCAUGUUGUCCACAACGAACAAUAAAAUCUUCAAAAAUGAAUAACUAUUCAAAUUUUAAAUUCAAUCCUCGAACAAUUUAUAUAAUUAUUAUUCUUCUUUUUAUCUUUUUUCUUAUUGUCAUUAUUCUUCUUAUUGUCUUGAUUGUUGUUGUUCCUCGUUAG